AUGUCUGAAGAUAUUUCCCCUAAUCCUCUUUUUAACACUGAGGGUACUUUAGAUCCUAAAAAGACUGGCUUUUAAUACAAUAGAGCUUUUGAUAUAAGUUAAGAUUUAAAUGAUGAAAAACUGCUCAAUGAUGAGGAAUUCAACACUCUAGAGGAACAAAUUAUGGUUAAAAAGAAAUCAGAUGAAUCUAAGCACUCACUUAACUUUACAUUUGAAUCCCUAUCCUAGGGAUUUAUAAAUAAUGCUUCUGAUCCUGCGCUUAAGCAGAUACUUGAUGAAUAUAAACCUGAGAGCAAAGAAAUAGACUUGGAUGAUCUCAAAAAUUCGCAUAACUUUAUGAUUAGAAAAUUCCCUGAUGCUUUAUAUUUCGGGGAAUGUGUACGAACUUAAAAUGGCAAAAAUUAGAGAUAGGGUAAAGGAGUCAUGAAGUACUCAAAUGGGAGACUGUAUGAAGGCGAAUGGGAAAAUGAUUAGAGACAUGGAAGAGGAUAUGAGAGAUACCCAAAUAGCAAUAUUUAUCAAGGAGAAUUUUAAUAUGGCAAAGCUCAUGGAAAAGGUAGAUAUCAGUGGAUUUCAACUUCGGAAGUUUAUGAUGGAGAAUGGUCAAAGGGAAUGAGGCAUGGUUAUGGGGUCUGGAAGAGGGUUAACAAGAAUACUGAUUAAAAGUUUCAAGACUCAUACAUCGGUGAAUGGAGAAAUGGAAAAGCAGAAGGAUAUGGAGUACAUACUUGGUGUAAUGGAGAUAGAUAUGAGGGUGAAUGGAAGUAGUGCAUGAAAAGUGGUAGAGGAACUGAUAUUUUUGCAAAUGGUGACAAAUACUCGGGUCAGUACAAAAAUGGUAAGCCUGAAGGGCAUGGCACUUACACCUGGGCAAACGGAAACUACUACGAUGGAGAAUUCAUAGAUGGAUUAAAAGAAGGCAAAGGGAAAUGGAAGAAAUAUGUAAAUAAUCAUAAUGCCACGAUUAAUCACAAUGAUAGCAAUACUCAUGGUUAAGCAAUUAACAAGAAUCAGUUUAUCUCAUAUGAAGGGGACUAUAAAAAAGACAAGAAGCAUGGUUACGGAGUGUUUGUGUGGGCAUCUGGAAAUACUUAUAAGGGCUAAUAUAAGGAUGAUGAGAGAGAAGGAAAUGGAGAAAUGAAAUGGACAGAUGGAAGCUGUUAUAUCGGUGAUUGGAUUAGAGGUAUUUAACACGGAUAUGGCAAGAUUAUUUAUCCAGAUGGCACAAUAAAAGAAGGAUACUUCGAAAACAAUAUUUAUAUUGGCCCUAUUCCAAGAGGAGAAUAUGUUAAAUAACUUCAAUAAUAAAAAGAGCAUUAAGCAUAGUAACCUCGCAGAUUAACAGAAGAAGAGGAACGGUAAUAAAAUAUGAUCUUCAGUCCAAACUCUCUAGCUAAAACAGGUUUAAGUGGACUUGAUAAAUCUAAGAAAUCCCGCUCUACUGUCAUGUUAGCAACUACUCCUAAAGCUAAUUCAAAAUUUUAAAGCACAAUAGCCAAUAAUAUAUUCCCAAUUGAUGAAGAAACAUCUCAAAUUAUGAGUUCGCACGGAUUAAAUAAUAAUCAAACCAGCAAGAUGAGUAUCAAUGGAGCUCAUAAAGUUGCAGAUAUAAGCAGAAAGAGUAAGUCCCCUAAUAAACGGCAAAGAAACGAUAGUCAAAACUUAAGCAGAGAGAGUUUCAAUGAUUUUCUCAGACAAACAAGGACAAAGGUUAAGAUUAGUGGGAAACUCAUAGUAGGAGGUGGAUAGAUCUAAGGAGUGAGUGCACCUUCUGCAAAUACAUAUAGCCUAAAGAAUUAAUAAUAUUUAUUGGGCAACACUCCAUUAUCAAGCAGAAAGUAAAGAAUGAUGUUUUAGAAUGGCACAACUCUGGAAAUUUAAAAUCCUCCAAGUUUAAACAAUACAUAAUAGAAUGCCUUGCGUAGAAACGCCUCAGAUUUGAGUAGACCAAGUCUUAACCAAUAAAAAUUUGGGGUAAAUCUGUAAGUCCCAAUAAACGCUAACAAUAAAAACUCAACCUAUCUACUAUAAUAGAGGGACAGUAAUCGCGGCUUAAGUAUUCGUAAUAACAUGCCAGUUGAUCCAUCUGGAUAAAUAGGUUUAUAGACUUUAAAAUCAAGCAUACCAAAUUUAAGUAAUGUUCUCAGCAGGUAAAGUAUGUCUUCACAUCAAAAAGAAAGAAGAAGCAACCAUCCUGUAUCUACGAGUAAGCGAGAAACUUUUCACAUGGACAGAAGAAGGUCUAGCCAGCAUCGAGAUAAUAAAAGCUUGUCCUAACCUAGAGUUAGAUGA